AAUUUCAGUUUGUUUUAAAGAUAGGAGACCGUACACAUCUCAUUCCAGUAACUUAACUUGACUACAGCACAAACAUUUUUCGGCAUUACAAAAAAUAUUUUUAAACAAAUUAACGAGCAUUUAUUCGGCAGUUUUCCUACUUUGUUUUCAUUAUCGAAAAAGCCACAAAUCCGUUUCGCAUCAAUCAUGGUUUCGAAUUUGGUGAUUCUGGCCACAACAAUGCUACAUGUGGGGCUUCAGGCCAGUGUAUUCGUGGGCAUGGAUUACGUCCUGGUGCCUGGGACCUUCUUCGCUGGCUGGAUAGUGUACUGCGGCCUACUGUACUUCCUUCAGGACUUGGAGCUUCUGCCGAAGCACUACAAGCGCCGCAUGGGCUGGCUUUCCAGCUUCGUUAUCGAGGUGUUGCUAAGUAUUUUCAUCAUGGAGGUUCUGGCUCUGUUCUUUUGGUCCAGAAUUGUGGCCAAUAUCUACAUGUGCAUAAAGACCGCGAUGUGCUACUACGGCGGAGAGGCUGAGCAGUACUACCUUCAGCACGAGACGAUUAUUGUGGGAACUUUGAUCACAUCGAUAGCUGCCGGCUUCUCGCUGAGUGCAACUUGGGCCACGGAUCCCUGGGAGUCCCAUGACGAGCAGAAGGAGACUGAAGGCAAGACACUCCAACAGAUAGCGGACGAACUUCAAGAGCACAUGGAUAACGAAAAGCUAAAAAAGCAGCUGGAGAAGGACUUGCAAUCGGCCGAUGCUGAUUCAUUGUCCCCCAAAGCCUAGAAUUACUUGUUACUGUUCCUGUCUUCUAUCCAUACUCUGCCCCGCUCUGGUGUCAAGUCCAUCAAUACGAUUUACCGGGCACCCAGCACAAAACGAGCCCUUCAGAAAGUGCUUUCAAUUAGAUACAGGAGUGGACAACACAGAGGAGUGCUCAA